AUGAACGCCACAAACAAGAAUCAGUUUACGGUGCAGGGGAGGGAUACCCCAGUACCGGCGGCAGACAGUUUGCAGACGGGCUGUAUGUCGUCGUCAUCCAGCGACCGUUUGGACGGAGGGGUGGACCCCAAGGCCCCCCCGUCUAGUACAGCUACUGGGAGUACUAUGACGGAGACAACCUCGCUUCUCGAUAAGAGGGACCAGGCUAUUGGAAGGGAGGAUCGGUUCUUGGAACGGCUCCAGGAACUAAUUAACGAGACGAUCAGUACCAUCAAAACGAAGAGGACAGUAUCUAUGGAGGUUACCAAUAGGGUCAAGGAGGCACAAAGGUUGCUUUUUGAGACUUUGGUGAACCGUCGGUGCUGGAAAGUAACUCAGCGCACACUGGCGGAAAAGGAGGCAGAGGAGAAGAGGACGCUGACCGAAGAACUGAUGAGACUGCAACAAGCCUCUCAAACAGAGAAAGAACGGACGCCGGCUUCUAAGGACAAAAAAAAGAGACCGGCAAUCAGCCCACCAGAUGGACCGGAGAAAAAUGUGCUGCGGCAGCCUGACGGCAGAUUUACAGUUGUCACUGCCAGGGGAAAGAGGCAGCGCACUGGAGCCGAUGGAGGACCUACGACUCUAGAGCCUACAAAACAGCAGAAACCAAAUGGGCAAAACCAAAAGAUGCCGGAGGAGGAGCCGUUCCAUCUGGUGGACAGUAAGAAAAAAAGAAAAAAGAAGAUAAAGAAGCAGGUGGAGGAAACAGUGGACCAGGCAGCAACCGCGAAGCCAGCAGGACCAGGACCAGGGACGACGGAACAAGGACCAGCAGCAGGACGGACCACAGCAGCCAAGGAAGACCGGAGGCCGAGGAGGAAGCAACGACCGGAGGCAGUGCUGAUAAAACUAGGUAAGAUCCAAUCUUGUGAGGGAGUCUUGAGGGCUCUGCGCUCUGGACUUCAUCCAGAGAAAUUGGGCUUAGAGGUUAAGGCCGUGAGGACUGCCAGUAAAGGUGGUCUUCUUAUUGAGUUCGAGGGAUCUGUAAAAGAUCGCUCGGCACUCGGUAGUAAGAUCACUGAGAUAGCCGGAGGAGACGUGGAGGUGCGCCAUCUUUUCCCUACUGCCACGGUGGUAAUAGACGGGAUGGACGCCGUCACGACCGUUGAAGAGGUCCAGGCGGCCCUGGGGGAAGCUACCGAGGGGACUGCGGAUGGACUCAAAGUGACUAUCACGAAGCCCAAUAGAUGGGGAGCCGUCCGCGCUUUCAUCGAGGCUGAACUCGGGGCUGCUGCGACCUUGGAGACCUUGGGAAAGGUCAAAGUCGGCUGGACGGUUUGCCGAAUCCGCCGCUGGGAGCGACUGGACCGGUGCUACCGAUGCCAAGGACUGGGUCACUUAGCGGGCUCGUGCAAGGCAGAGGAGGACCGAAGUGGUUGCUGCUGGCGGUGUGGUGAGACGGAUCACCAGUCGAAGGCUUGUACCAAGCCUCCGCGCUGUCAUCUCUGUGCAGAGGUGGGGAGCGGGCGAGCCUCUGAUCACGUGGCGGGUUCUGGACGGUGUAAAACCUAUCGGGAGGUACUCCAGAAGAAAAAUGGCUAA